CUACCCAUCUCUUAUUUUCUUGGCUUCUUGCUUUCUUUUUCUUUUCUUUUCUUUCCUGAUGUUGAAAUGUGGUUUCUUUGAUUGUUUUGCAUAUAUUGAUUGCUAUUAUUUUUGCUAUUACUACAUGUUUGUUUUGGUUUUUCAUUAUUAUUGCCUUCCCCUUCUGGUUUUUUUUUUUUUUUUGUUUCUUGAGUGGGGAAUUUUCUUGGUGGGUUUACAGCUGGAGUGGAAGAAAGGGAAAGUAAGCCCUAUUUUGAGUGGCUUAAGGGCUAGCUUCAAGCUGAAAUCCAUGCCGUUGAGUAUAUAUCAUGAUGCUGAUGGAUUACCCAGGAUUAUCUUGUCUGAACCCUCUGGUUCAUCUGCUGAGGUACUUCUGUAUGGUGGACAGGUUGUUUCCUGGAAGAAUGAACGCAGAGAAGAAUUACUUUUCAUGAGCAGCAAAGCUGUUUGGAAGCCACGUAAAGCCAUCAGGGGAGGUAUAUCAGUCUGCUUUCCCCAGUUUGGAAAUCUUGGUUUACUAGAGAAACAUGGAUUUGCAAGGAACAGAUUGUGGUCAUUGGACAGUGAUCCUUCACCUUUGCCCCCAGUGAAUAACCAGUCGUCAGUAGAUCUGAUAUUGAAGUCCUCAGAAGAUGAUUUGAAGACCUGGCCGCGCAGCUUUGAGUUGCGACUUCGUAUAUCUCUCAGUCCUAGGAAGCUUACUUUGAUCCCUCGUGUGAGAAAUACAGAUUCCAAGGCCUUCUCCUUUACAGUUGCACUCUGUAACUACUUGUCCGUAUCAGAUAUCAGUGAAGUGCGUGUUGAGGGCUUGGAGACACUUGAUUACUUUGAUAAUCUAAUGCACAGAGAAAGGUUCACUGAGCAGGCAGAUGCAAUUACAUUCGAUGCUGAGAUUGAUCGAGUAUAUUUGAGCACCCCUAGAAAGAUUGCUAUUAUUGAUCAUGAGAAGAAGAGAACCUUUGUGCUGCGGAAGGAUGGCAUGCCUGAUGCAGUUGUAUGGAAUCCUUGGGACAAAAAGACCAAGGCUCCCAAAGAUUUGGGCGAUGAGGACUAUAAAACCAUGAUAUGUGUGGAUUCUGCUGCCAUUGAAUUCCCAAUUGUCUUGAAACCUUUUGAAGAGUGGAAGGGCCACCAGGAGCUCUCUACUGUAUCAUCAAGUUAUUGCAGUGGACAGUUGGAUCCUAGGAAGGUUCUUUACGGCUUCCAAUGAUCCCACCUUUCUACUGUGUCGUCAAGUUAUUGCAGCGGGCAGUCGGAUCCUAGGAAGGUUCUUUAAGGCUUUCGAUGAUCCCACCCUUGUAAUGCGUGGAGGAGAUUUUCUUGUAAGAUAUAAUUGUCAUAUUAAUGUAGAAUAUGCAUGAACUUGCUAUGUCUAUAUAUCAUCUUUAGGAUUCUUAGAGUGAGAUUUCAUUAACUAUCAUGUUACGAGGUGAGACUGUCGCAUUGAGCAACGAGAUAUAUAUUUUUUUAAUGUUGCCUCUUUGUGAUGGGUUUGUAUGCCUCUAUGAUAUUAACAGAUAGUUGAAUGGGUUUGUUUGAUGAUACCAUAUCUAUAAGAGAAACUAUAUAUUCUAGAUUU